ACCUUAAAAGAACCCAAAAAGCUGAUAAUAAAAAAAAUAAAAGAGUUUUAUUUUUAUUCGUGUCGGGUUAUUUUUUAACACAUUUUUUUUCAACAAAAACAACAAUAAAAUCCACUUUUUAUUGAUUGAAAUGUAAAUAACUAAAAGAUUCAAUACAAAAACAAAACAAAAACGAAAUGGAUUCAAAAUACGCACUCAUGGGAAAAUCUCCAUUUAAAUUGAAUGGAGGCAAUGCCAGCUCCGCCAAUUCACACAACUCGUUUGCCGUGAAAAGAAAAAUCCCCCAAAUAAACGGUGGCGGUGGUGCUGGUGGCAGAGGCGGAAAUGGUGCUGGCGGCCUCGAAAGUCGUGGCAAUGGCGAGAGUAAAGUGAAAAAACAAAAGACUAAUGGGAAUGAUAAGAACACCUCAGCAGCAACAAAUGGAGGAACAUCUCCGAACGGCAAUGGCAAACACCAUCAGCAGCAACAGCACAAUAGCAAUCAACAACAACACACUCAGAAGAUCUCAAUUGAGAAGCAACAAAAGAGUCUUCCCGUCUAUGGAUGUCGAGCGAAAAUAAUCCAAGAAGUAUGGAAGUCCGACACGAUUGUGCUGAUGGGCGAAACUGGGUCAGGUAAGACAACACAAAUACCACAGUUCCUAAUGACCGCAGGCUUUGGAAAUAAGGCAAUGAUAGCAAUCACCCAGCCACGUCGAGUCGCCGCGAUAACAGUGGCCAAGCGAGUAGCCCAAGAAUUGAACACAAAGUUAGGUGACACUGUGGGAUUCACAGUGCGUUUUGAAGACUGCACUUCAAGUUCCACAAAAAUCAAGUUCGUCACAGACGGGUCGUUGUUGCGAGAAGCCCUAUCCGAUAGGCUGUUAAAGAACUAUUCGGUCAUCAUGUUGGAUGAGGCUCACGAACGGACAAUUAACACCGAUGUGCUCUUUGGUAUUGUCAAGGAGGCUCAGCGGCAACGGAAGCUGCGUUCUAUGAUGCCUCUCAAGGUGCUCGUUACCUCUGCCACUAUGGACAUUGACCAUUUUGCCAAGUACUUUGGUGUUAAGGGCAUGUAUCUGGAGGGUAAAACUUUCCCGGUUAAAGUAAUGCACACCAAGGAGACUCAGAGUGAUUAUUUACACGCAACAUUGGUGACUUUAUUUGAGAUUCAUAGGAGUGCGCCGGCAAAUCAUGAUGUGCUGGUGUUCCUAACGGGGCAGGAGGAAAUCGAAGCCAUGGCACAACAAAUUCGAAUGAUUGCCAAGAACAACACAUUGAACGCACCAAACAUUCGUGUGUUUCCUCUCUACUCACAACUACCUCAAAACAAACAACUCGAAUGCUUCAUACCCUCGCCACCCAACUCAAGAAAAGUUAUUCUAGCCACAAAUAUCGCUGAGACGUCGAUUACAAUUCCUGGCAUACGUUUUGUCAUUGAUUGUGGUUUUGUCAAGCGUCGCAUAUAUAAUCCCGAUAGUGGUUUGGAUAUCCUGAGAGUAGUGAGAAUAUCACAGGCGCAAUGUUGGCAACGCUGUGGGCGUGCAGGUCGUGAUGCUGAAGGUACAUGCUAUCGGACUUAUACAAAAGAAGAAAUGGAAGGAUUUGAAGCAAUGCCGAAACCUGAGAUUCUAAGAAGUAAUAUUUCAGCUACGGUUCUUCAAUUACUAGCCCUUGGAAUAGAUUGUAAGACAUUCGAUUUCUUAGAUAAACCCGCACCAGAAGCAGUAGAUAAAGCUUAUAAACAACUUCUGCUGUUAGGAGCAAUAAAACCUGAGGCCAAAACUGAAUUGACAACAUUAGGCAAGCAAAUGUCACAAUUUCCCCUUGAUCCCAAAUUCAGUAAGCUUCUUUUGACUGCGCCAUCAUUUGGUUGUCUGGAGGAAAUGCUCAGUUUAGUAGCUAUUCUCUCUGGUGAGAAUAUAUUCGUGUCGAGCAUAGAAAAAAGAGAACAGACUGCCCUGGCGCACUCUAAAUUCGAAUCAAAGCAAGGUGAUCAUUUGAUGCUGCUCAAUGUAUAUAAAGCUUUUGAGAAGACAGAAAAAAUCAAGCUCUGGUGCCACGAUAAUUUCCUCAAUACAAGAAAUCUCCUCUAUGCCCGUGAUGUUCGAAAUCAAUUACUCGAGAUCUCACAACGUUUAUCAUUGGAAGUUAAAAGUUGUGGCUCAGACAUGGACCAAGUUCGAAAGUGCAUUUUAGCUGGGCUAUUUGAUAAUAUAGCCGAAUUACAACGUGACAAUUUCUAUCUAACAGUCUCUGGACGCCAACGUGCCAAAAUUCAUCCCUCAAGUAUAUUACAUGGAAAAUAUCGUCCCGCCUACAUAAUAUUUACAGAAAUUGUCUUAACCGAACGUAAUUUCCUUCGACAAGUAACAGAAAUCGAAGCCGAAUGGAUUCAAGAAGUUGUUCCUAAUUAUCCGCAUUUAAGUAGAAUAAGAAAUCCCUUAAAGUAACACAAGACCCAUAAUUAUGAAUAUUUAUUUGAGUCUUUUCAACUUCUUUUUUCUUAUUUCAUUUUAUUUUUAAAUAAACUUUUUUUAUUUAAAGUUGAUGAUUUGCAUACAAAAUAUGUUAUUUGUAUAAUUUAAAUGAAUAUUUUAAAGCAUUUUUCGUGUAAAUUUUACAAAAAUUUUACAAGUUUGUUUUUAUGUUAAUUUAAGAAUUUAAAAAAAGAACUAAAGAAAAACAAAAAUGAAAACAAUUUAUUAUUGCAUAAACAAUAGUCAAGCGUGAACGAUUUGAUGGUAGAUCAUAUCGCACACUACCUAGCGUACCUUUUUAGAUUCAAAUUAAUUAUAAAAAAUAAUGAAACAAA